GUUUUAUGUGGACAAAUAUUACAAUGGUUUGCUACUGGGUGAUGACGUAUGUAAACCAGUAAAUAUUACAAUUCUCAUUUUUACGAUGUUUUCGCGGGUAGAGAGGGAGAGAGAGAGAGAGAGAGAGCGAAAAAUCAAGAGAGACUUUGACAGUGAGUGAGAGACUCUUCAUCCGGGCUCUUUGGUUCCUCUCUGUUCCUGUCCGACUCCUUCAGUGAGUCAGUCACCGUGUGUGUGAACCAGAAACCAAAGUAAAGUAAACGGGGGAGGAUCGACCGCAGGAGGUGGCGUCUUUAAGCGGAGCCACAAUGCGUCUUUCACGGUGUUGAACGCUGUCUCUCUCCUUGUUUUGAACCUCUGCCUUGUCUUCGAGCGAUGAAACAACUUCAACGGUCGUCUCGAAGCGGAGCGAGUCACUCUUGAACCCCGAAUCCAAGCGUCUCGCGGCGGCGGCGGAGGUGAGAGCGGAGCGGUGCGGAGAGGAGAAGAGAGGAGCGGAGAGCGAGAAUGCAGAAGCCCAGCGCCUCGCUCCCUGUUGUCGGCUUGUCUGGGAAAUGGUAGCGUGCUGUCGGGACCGCACUGGGAAGGAACAUGGUCGAGAGGAGCAGCAAAUUCUUGUUGAUCGUGGUCGGAUCCGUGUGUUUCAUGCUGAUUCUCUAUCAGUACGUGGCCCCCGGGGUGAUCAAUUUCGGCUCCCCGCACGGUUACUUCUCGGAGGAAGACGAGGGGGACAUCUUCCCUACUCCGGACCCCCACUACGUUAAGAAAUAUUACUUCCCCGUCAGGGAUCUGGAGAGGACGAUCGACUUCCAGAUCAAGGGGGAGGACGUGAUCGUGUUUUUGCACAUCCAGAAGACCGGCGGGACUACCUUCGGCAGGCACCUGGUCCAGAAUGUUCGCCUGGAGGUGCCGUGCGACUGCAGACCGGGCCAGAAGAAGUGUACCUGCUACCGGCCCAACCGCAAGGAGACCUGGCUCUUCUCCCGCUUCUCCACGGGCUGGAGCUGCGGUUUGCAUGCCGACUGGACCGAGCUCACCAACUGUGUACCCGGAGUCCUCAACAAGAAGGAGAGCAAGCAGAAGAACCUGAGGAAGUUCUACUACAUCACUCUACUGAGGGACCCCGUGUCUCGAUACCUCAGUGAAUGGAGGCACGUGCAACGCGGGGCCACAUGGAAAACCUCCCUGCACAUGUGCGAUGGACGGACCCCCACACCGGAGGAGCUGCCCUCCUGCUACGAGGGCUCCGAUUGGUCAGGCUGCACCCUGCAGCAGUUCAUGGACUGUCCUUACAACCUGGCCAACAACAGACAGGUGCGGAUGCUGGCAGACCUGAGCCUGGUCGGCUGCUACAACAUGUCCACGGUGCCGGAGAAGAAAAGGGCGCAGCUUCUCCUGGAGUCGGCCAAGAAGAACCUGAGAGACAUGGCGUUCUUCGGUCUGACAGAGUACCAGAGGAAAACCCAGUUCCUGUUUGAACGAACCUUCAGGUUACGUUUCAUCAGGCCCUUCAUGCAGUACAACAGCACGCGGGCGUCAGGGGUGGAUCUGGAUAACACCACAAUCCAGCGUAUCGAGGAGCUGAACGAGCUGGACAUGGAGCUGUACGACUACGCCAAGGACCUGUUCCAGCAGCGCUACCAGUACACGCGGCAGCAGGAGAGGUGGCAGCAGCGCCUCCGCAACCAAAUGCAGAGCCAUCAGGGCCUGGGCCUGGGCGUCAGCCUGUGGCCGUCACGCAGCCGGCAGAGUCUGGCGCCAACACUGGAGGACGGAGAAGGAGACGGUGAGCGGGAGGAAGGAGAAGAAGGAGGGAGAACGGAGGAGGCGGGGAACAGGCUCCCCACCGAGGACUACAUGAACCAGAUCAUCAACCGCUGGUAGCAGCCGAGCGAGGAGGACAAAUGAAAUGUGAAACGCAAACAAAGACCCAAACGAAACAGUGCGCCCGGGACACAGGAGUCAAAGCUGAGACUAGGACUGGAGCCACCGCAUCAUUGAGGUCGUUAUAGGCACCCGCUUCCCCCUUCACCCCCCCCCCCCCCCACCUCUCCUUCUGGGUUCUCCCCCAUCAUCACAGACUGAACUGAGCAGAGGAGAGAUAUUUAUAAGAGUUGCUGACAACUGAGUAUCUCCUCCUCCUCCUCCUCCCUUUUCUCCCCCCGCUGCUGUGUCUCUCUCUUGUCUCUGUGGCCUGAUAUGGAGCAUGAGAAAAUUUACAAAAAAUUAAAGUCUGUGAAUUUCCCACUCGUCCUGGUAAUAAGGAGCUGGACUGUUUCCCCGCAGGCUCUGAUUUAAGCUGAAAAAUAUAAACUGGGAAAGCAGUGACUCAAAGUCAGGUGGCACUGGUGGUAAUCACAACACGGACUGAUUUGUGUAAUGAAGCAUUCUGCUAUACAAAAAAAAAAAAAAACUACAACAAAAAAAAAAAGAAAAGAAACCGUCAGCCAUGUCAGCCGUGAGCCUGCUUCGUCAUGUGACAGCCUCAUCCUCAUCUUCGAUUGUAUUCUCCUUUUCUUUGUCUUUUUCUUUUGUUUUAUUUUGUUUUCUGCUUUUUUUUUCAAAGAUGAACUGUAAAAACACUGAGACCAAUGUUGCUGCCUAAGAGAAACCGUGAUUCCUUUAUUUCUGUACUUUGUUUUUUAAGUCAGUGAUGAUGGAUGGCCGGCCUCGGUCGGAUGAACCGUCUCCAUCACUGAAGCCUUGUAUCUUUUUCUUUUUUUUUUAGAGGGUGUGAAAGGACAAAACCGUGGCCUGGUUUCUCUGUUGAAGCUUUUCAAAGCUGCUAUCACGCACCAACUUCAUUAUUCCUCCCUCUCCCCCUUGUUUUUGUGUGUGUGUGUGAAUGUGUGUGUGUGAAUGUGUGUAUCUCAGCCCUGCAGACGGACAGCCAAUUACAGUCCCCCAUCUCAGAUAUAGGUGUGAAGAAAUCAAAGGGAGUGAGAGGAGCGAGGAGCCGGUCGGCUGCAGGUUGUUGCCAGGAAGCGUGCUGUUUGAGAGCGCGAGCUCUUUGGAAGCCUUAACUCAGACAAAUGCUCCAGAUGGGAGUUGUGAAACUACUGGUCACCAUGGCGAUGUGAGCCCUUAAUGCAGCGGGUGGAAUUUUUUUUUUGAUCAAACCCUAGCCUUCAAAAGUGGAGAUUUCAUCAAGCCUCAGCUCCACCUGCUGAUGGAGACACACAGGGGGCGCUCAUGACCAGUAGUUCAUUAUCCUGACUGGUGCAUUGUGUGAAGUGGCUCUGCCUCCAUUCACUGGGAUUAUAGUCAGUCUCUCAUAGACCGUACAGUAGAAGUGGACAAACUCAUCUGGCUCCACGUUAUAGUUGCAGGAUGAGGUCGCAGAAGAAAACCAAAAUUGUUCAGCUGUUCGCAGAAGUGACAUAACAUCAGUGAUUGGUUGGUUUGGAUUUUUUUUUUUUUUUUUUUUUUGGACAACCUCCAUCAUGAGUUCCAGGUCUCUACAGAAAAUCAAGUUUAGGGUUCACUGUAGUGACAGUUGUUGACAGAAGGAAAGAGGAAAAAAACAGAAGUGCUAGAGUGACUGGGAUUGGUUAGCAUGUGAUUGACAGCUCUUGGCUUCACUAUUCGAGAAACACCAACUAUGGUGCAGUGGUCAUGGCUGCUGUUGGAGCAUCCUGCUGUCAGUCAAACUUCUUUCUGUCCACCUGGGGUCCUCACUGUGACCACACUGACCUGAUGUUCUGUAGGCGGAGACCAGGGACAGAGGACGGAGUCCAAGGAGAGUCACUGCUGCAGUGGGACACACUCAGUAUUUGUCCACAGUGUUGUCUGGUUAUAUGAAUCAACUUCAGUCAUUUCUCUGACUACUUUAGUGUGUAUCUGUGUGUGUGUGUGUGUGUGUGUAAAUAGUAUGUACAGUCUGCCUGACGUGUGGACGGCCGGUGUGUAUGCCUUUGUAAAUAGCGAGUCUGACUGGGACAGGAUGUUUGAUCGACUGGUUUCAUGACCAAUUAUUUUACCUUUUUAUUUUUUUAUCGUCGUCGUUGUUGUGGUCGGUGUCACACAGUCCUGUUGGCAGCGUGACCUUCACAGUGAUGACACAAGCCAGUGUGUACUCCCUCUGACCUUUCUUUGACCUUUCUCCUUCUUGAUUUUUAUCUCCUCCUCGUAACAGUUGUUCACCUGCCGUCUUUACAGAAUGUACAAAAAAGUCUCUUAUUUUAAUAGGCAUGUUUUUGAGUCCGACGUCAUCAUGGACUGUGUGUCAGAAAUGGACGUAGCCGUCAGUGGACUGACCGGAAGUUACUGCUUCACUCAUUUCACAACAUCAGUGAACAUUUACUUAAUGCGGUUUUGGUCCAGUUUAGUGUUUCUAGGUCUCCUUCAAUGAAUUCAAUACAUUUUGAUCCUAUUUGGGGGAAAACAGAAGAUAAGUCAAAGCAGGAGAAGGCUGAUGAGUGGACAGUGUAACUGAGACUUCACAGUAGGAGCCUGAUUGGAUAAAAAGCCACUGUGUUAAUCAGACAUGUCGUCCACUCAAACUUGUAUGUCAUGCUUUAUCGUGUAUUUUCCUCUAAAUAGUGUAGAGCCUAUAGUUUCCAGGGAAUUAUUUUUCGUCAGAACUUCCACACUCUGGUUUAAAUAUCAAACCCUGUGCAGUAGGUGGCGUUGUAACUAACAAUGUUUAUACAUGACAUCAUGCUUUUUAGAAGCUGAUACCUCAUAAAAUCAUUCAAUGCAAAACAAAAAAAAAACUAUGGAAUGACUUCAACCUUAAUCAUAUGUUACAAAGGCUUCCCACAGACGAGGGCAACUAAUAGUUGCGUCCAUUUCUUAUAUACGCUCUAUGAUUCAGUCGGACGACAUGCCACGCACAAGAUGAAUAAACCGACAAUUAUCUGCAGACACUGGAUUCUGGUUUGACAAACUGCCUUUGAACCACUGCCCUCACGAGGAAGAAAAGAAUCAGAACGAAAAAAAAAAAUCAUGAAAACAGAGUCAGCCCUGAAAAAUCUAAUUGAAGUGAAUGUUGUCCAGACCCAGUGUCCCUAAGAGACAAACUGCUUCGUUCUUAUUAUUACCUGUAAUAUAUGACAUCCUGUUGUUAACAAUAAGGUAUGUGGUUUUAAAUAUAUAGGGAAAGGGAAAAGGAAGAUGUUGUUUUGACUUAAUCACUGAGGAUACUCCUGUGUCUUUUCAUCGUUUUAUCUUCUCUCUUUUUGAGAUGAAAUGUAACCUGAAGGGAAGAGAAGAUGAUAAAAAAGAGUUGGGAGAAAUCCACAGUCGUAAUGCUGCUUUUUGUAAGGUACAAUAACGUGGGGGGAGAAACGAUACGGGAGAAAAGGAAAAAGAAAACCAGACGGAGGGAGAAGCUCUUUUUUUAUUUUGUUUUUAGCUUUUUCGUCUUGAAACCAGAGACUUGAAAAGACUCUUCAGCUCCAAGCAUUUGACCCCAAAAGACUUGUAUUAUUAGAUCUGGCUCUUCAUUAGUGUCUCUAACCACAUCAAAUAAAAAGUAUAUAUACAUAUACAGUAUAUAAAUAUAUAUUUUUACAUUUUUAUCUUUCUGUUUCAUGUGUUUUCAAGCUCUCAAAAAUGAAACCCACUAUUCUUGUUUGUUUGGUUUUUCUUUUUCUUUUUUUUUUUUUGCUGAAAUAAUUCCAGACAUUGGUGCCGUGAAGCUGUACUCAUCUCUGUGACUGUGUAUAUCUGAUGUCUUAACAACAGUGUUUCCUUCGAGACAGUGAAGCAGCCAAGGUGUCGGUAGCGGUGAAGAGAGAGAGAGAGUGAUAAAAACUUUGUUUUGUCCUUUUCAGAUUGGUGUGAAUCCUUUCAUUUAUUCAUUCAUUCUCUCUUUCUGUAACAAAUACUCCUGGGUUUUAUUUCAUAUGUGAUUGCAAAAAUCAAAAGUCAUGAAACCACCUAUUAAAAUAUUUCAUUUUGUA